UACCUGAGCACGACAGGAGCGCCACUGUUCAAGGCCCGAAAAUAAUGCAAUCAUGAGAUUCUCCGCGCUAUCCCUCGGCCUUUUGGCCUUAUUGACGCCGCUCACGGCAGCGUGGUCCAAGGAAGACCGCGAAAUCUUCCGAGUCCGCGACGAGCUCAUUGCCCAUGAGGGCCCCGACGUCACCUUCUACGAGUUCCUCGGCGUCAGCAAGUCCGCCAGUCUCGAUGACAUCAACAAGGCCUACAAGAAGAAGUCCCGUCAGCUGCACCCGGACAAGGUCAAGCAGCAGCUCCAAGCUGAACGGGUCAAGGCGCAGAAAGAGAAAGCCAAACAGCAGCAGCAGACCGGCGGCAAGCCGAUUCCGCAGGUAAUCAAGCCUCCCACGACCGCCGAGAUUAAGGCGGCCGUCAAGCGCGCCUCGGAGCGCCAGGCCCGCCUGUCCAUCGUCACAAACAUCCUCCGCGGCCCUAUGCGCGACCGCUACGACCAUUUCCUCAGCAACGGCUUCCCCACGUGGAAGGGCACCGAGUACUACUACAACCGUUACCGCCCCGGCCUGGGCACCGCCAUCACCGGCGUCUUCCUCUUCGCCGGCGGCGCAGCCCACUACCUGGCCCUGUACAUGAGCUGGAAGCGCCAGCGCGAGUUCGUGGAGCGUUACAUCAAAUUUGCCCGCCAUGCCGCUUGGGGGGAGAACCUUAACAUCCCUGGCGUCGACGCCGCCCCUGCCCCGGUUGCCGCUCCUCCUCCCCCGCCACCCCCACCGCAAAUGAUGGAAGAUGAAGACGGAAACCUCAUCCCCAUGAACCGUAAGAUGCGCAGGAUGCAGGAGCGCGACGCCAAGAAGGAGAAGGACAAAGACAGCAGCCAGAAGACCGCCAGCCGCCGUGGUCGCCGCGGCCAGCAAGCCGCGGCCGUUUCUGCUUCCGCUUCCGCCUCGGGCUCGGCCACACCCCAGCCUGCUGCCCAGGGUAGCGGACCGACGGGCGCCAAGAAGAGGGUCGUUGCUGAGAACGGUAAAGUGCUUGUCGUGGAUUCGCUGGGUGAUGUCUACCUUGAGCAAGAGGACGAGGAGGGUAACACGGCCGAGUAUCUGCUUGACCCCAACGAACUCCACCGCCCAACCGUCUCCGACACCGCCAUCGUCCGUCUCCCCCUCUUCGUCUACAACCUCACCAUCGGCCGCCUGUUCUCCAAGAAGCGCGGCAACGCCGACGGAGAAGGCUUUGCCGAAGGAGAGUACGAGGAGGUCGCCGGCGGCUCCGACCAUGAUGACGACUCGGAGCCUGGUAAGGCCACUCCGAGCACGACCGAUUCUGCCGAUGACUUUGAGCUGCUGGAGAAGAGCAUAGACGAGCUGGGACAGGGCAAGUCUACGGGUAGCCAGAAGCAGCAGGGCGGUAACAAGGCUGGAAAGCGUAAGAAUAAGAAGAGGUGAACACCAUGGUUUCGACGUCCUGGGCGUCAAAGGAAAUGGGUGGCUGAUCCCUGAUGGAAAGAAUAAAAGAAGGUUGUGGUUGGACUCGUGAUUUUGGUUAUGAAGAUGACCAUCGUAUUAGGGAUGGCAUAUAUAGUUGACAAGCUGUCUUCAAUGUCAAGUUGAUGGCCUCAGUUUGCAGCAAUUUGUUCACUUUCAUACAGUUACUCUUCGUUGGGUUUAUAGUUAUGACAGCUUAGUAAAUUUCAACAAAAUCUGAAGGUCCGCUGGCUCAAUGGCAGAGCGUCUGACUACGAAUCAGGAGGUUCCAGGUUCGACCCCUGGGUGGAUCGGAGAUUAGAAGGUGCUUCAGGCAUC